AAAACACGCGGUUCAAAAUUUGGACAUCAAAACAUGUCAGGUUCCAAUGUCCAAGCAUGUCCGACAUGUUUGAAAUCCAACCAUAUCCAACAUGUUAAGUUCAUCUAAAUUGAAUGGAGUCUUCCCGGAUUUACAUAACAGCAGCAGUGCCCUUACUUGUUCAGAAUAGUUUGGACAGUUCUUCAUGUCAUGGAAGUGUACUUUUCAAUACACUAAAAGAUUUGCAAACUUUUCACGCAUUGAGAAAGAGCAUAAAGAUGCACAAAAAAUAAGUCCAAGAUUCAUUUCAUUGAUCUUUGGGAUCAUAAAAUAAUUUUUCUCUUAUUUAAACUUGAGAAACUUGAUAACCGAUAACUGGUGUUGAAAGGAUUGUAAAAUAGUUUGCAUUAUCUCAUUGGAGGUUCUUGACGAUAUUCUAAACUUUACUUAAUGGUCCAGGAGCGUCCCUCCAAAGUUCUCUGUUGAACAUCAAACUCUUUCAAAGGUUAUCUUUUCACGUGAAAUAUCCCAAAAACUAAGUUAACUUGACUUAUAACCACAGGAACUGGAUCGACAUAAUAGCUGGAGAGGUUAUGCAAUUUCCAUCAUCCAGUGACACGAAUACUUUUCACGAUGACAAAAUCACAAGUGCGUCUUUGUGAUCGAAAUCUGACUGAGUGAACAGAGGACAGAUUUGAAAAAAGAGGUUAUGCAAAUGUGAGACCGAUCGUACAGCUCGCGUAAGCGAAGUACGGAGAAGUCGUCAAGUUUAUUACACGUCACAUGCCAUGCUCAGGCUGUGUUGAAUGCCACCAUGCACUAUGACGUCAUAGAUCUAGUACUUUGUGGGCAUUGACAUCACCGAGUGCCUCUGGUGGUUCGUUGCCUUAAAAAAGCUAUUCGUGUUGUUUAUUAUAGCUUUUUUAAGGCAACAAACCCAAUAAUGUUAAAGUGUGCUCGAGGCGGAAGUCUGAGUUGACCUCUUGCCACCGGGGUUCCAUAUCCGGCUCCACACCUCCAUGCCCUUGAGAGGGUCCACUAAGAGCAUUCUUAGAAGGCUGCACCGUGUGAAAUAAAUGCUGCUUUUUCCUGGUCUGGUCCACAGAACACAAGGGUAUCUGGUUGUUCUCUUUGCUCAAAUACCACACAGAGUUUUGCAAGUACUCACAGGGAGAAAAUACUGUGGUGAUUCGCCAUGGAUGAAACUACAAUUGCAACCACCAAUGGGACCAAGUACCCGAUAUAUCUGUCAUUCACUGAGCGAACCUUAUUUUCUGCGUACCUUUUCAUCAUCAUGUUCAUCGGGUUUGUCGGGAAUGUAACGGUGGUUUUCCUCGUUUUGUCCGUGAAGAAGCUCCAGACAGUCACCAACGUAUUCGUGGUGAACCUUGCAGUUGCUGAUACUCUAACGUGCCUCGUGGCCAGCUUGUCGGCCGUCAUCGUCCUGUCUUACGAACUGAUCCUACCCAUGUGGCUUUGCCAGUGUAUCGCCUUUGGACUGCUGACUUUCAUCGGAUGUAGCUUGAACACCCUGGCUUUGAUCGCCGUCAACCGGCUGGUUGCCGUCACCGACACGGCCAGGAUUCGGUACCGCAAAAUCUACACCUGCUGGAAACUGACCGCGAUGAUUGCCAUGGCUUGGGCCAUACCAAUCUUUGUAGCUCUGAUCCCCGUCUUUUCUGAUUAUGCCGAUCUUGGCUUCGACCCGCGUUUCAGUACCUGCACCUGGCUGUCUGCGCCGGUGGAUGGACUCAUCUACUCGUUCUUCGUGGCCGCAGUGUUUUACCCGGUCCAGCUCACCAUCGUCACGGCAUCCUAUGUCAGGAUUUUCCUCUUUGUCCGGAGCUCGACCAGGAAAAUGACGCUGAGGGGAACCCCUCAGUCUGGAACGCCAUCCAGUUUCCAGAAUCAGCUCUCGAAACGCCAGCUGGCCGUCACGAAGAACCUCUUUCUUGUGGUUUGCGUGUUCCUCGUGUGCCUUUUCCCGUACUUUCUUGUCCUUGCUCUAGACUCUCUUGCCUAUGAAGUCCUGCCGUUCACCGCUGUACUGCUUCUGACCAACAGUUUUCUUAACCCUAUCAUCUACGGAACUAAACACCCAGACUUCCGUGUGGAGUUUUCUCGCUUGUUCAAUCAUUGCUUUGGUAAGUGCCGGUCCAAGAAGGCGAAACCGCCCGAGGAGCGCAGUCACUCGGUGCCCUCUUCGUCUGGGAAACUCGCCACAACAGACACCAAGGACACGCAAGUGUAGUGAUGAAGUUCUUAUAUUUAUUAUUGCCGUUUACAACAAGCUUUGAUUGAUAGACAUAAUGGAGCUCAUUAGAAGACAUGUUUUUUUACGUUAGAAUUUCUAAAAACUCAUUUAAACAUUACAUGUAGUUUACUCUACAGGUCUUAUCUGCACCUCGGGCGAUAUCGUACUAUAAAAUCGUCUUAUUUUUAUUUCACGUUGAGCAAAUCGAUGUUUAAAUGUGAUUUCUGAGUCGGGAUUGUUACUUUUUCACAGUGAAAAAUAACGAUGUCAUAAAUUUCUGUAGACCAAAGUAAUAGUAUUCCCUUCUGAUACUGUUGUGGAUAGUAACGAUGAUUUCUGAGUUCUGGUUCUUAUAGAAAUACUGGAAUAUGCAUGCAGAGAAUAGACAGAACUCUUUCACUGUUAGAAAUGUCUUUUAUAGGAUGUAAAUACUGGAACUUCGAAUAAAGAACAGAAUUGCGCUAUUCCUUUUUUUUUAGCUUAUCAAAAUGUAAUAAAUUUCAAGAAAUAUGGCUACACAAGAAUGUUCAGGUGGGGUACAUUGUCAGAAAAUGAUGAUCUCACAUAAAUGCCAAUGUAAAGAACUAGCUAUGUUUGAAAGUAAAUAACUGUGAAUCACAUGAUGUAUCUUUAAGGGACCACGUAAAAUAUUUAUUUUACCAGGACCCUUGAAAUUCCGCCUCAUUGAUGGUUUAAUGUACCUUAUUUUUGAUUUUUGUUUGGCUAUAGUAUAUGAAUCUGUGUUAAAGCCUUGUGGGUUCUUAUUUUAAUGUGAAUUUCCAUACUUAUUAACAAAAUUAUGAUGUCACCCCAGGCACUGAACCUCACUUUUCUUUUAUUGAUUUAUGUAUUAAAAACUGCAGAAAUUUGGUAAAUAAUUCGCAGUCGUAAAUUUCCAUUUCUUUUGCAAUUUACUAUUUAAGUAUAUGGCAACAUGCCAGUCAGCAGUCCUUUCUCAGGAAUUUUUUUCAAGAGCAAACACGUGGUUCAAAUUUGGACCUCAAAACAUGUAAAGUUUUGAUGUCCAAAUAUGUCCUACAUGUAAAGUUCAUCUAAAGUGAACAGUGUCUUCCCGGAUUUACAUAACAGCAGCAGUACCCUCACUUGUUCAGAAUAGUUUGGAUAAUUCUU